ACCAUCAGACGUGACUGCUCUUGCGCACUUUUCACAAAAUGGCGGCGCCCAUGUGUUAGUUCCGACGUGUGAGGAGGGAGAAAACUCGAUCAAGUGUUUUGAAGAUUUUUCGUGACCCUCUUUAGCGAUCAGGUGACUUAGGGAAGUUAUUUAACUGUAUCACAGCAGGUGUAAGGUUCAAAACGCCUUAUUGUACCUUGGGAAUGCGUUCUUUGAUACGUUUUUGUCAAUAUGCAUGAACCAGUUGGUUGUAUGUCGGUGUCAACUCAGCUCAGCUGCGGGGUCUCAACAUCUGUUAGAUUCGUGUGAUGACUGACAGUUUGCGAAUUCAUUUGCGAAUUAUUACGAAUCCAGAAGUAUCACGUCUGCUUAAAAGAUGAGUUUCGUUAGGUACAAGGCAAUCGUAGAGGAAGGGGACGUUGUCAUUGUAUAUUUGACACACGAGUCCAUGUUCCCCUUGACGCUGGAAGCUGGCCGUAUCUUCCAGACGCGUUUCGGGGCCCUCCGACAUUCCGACAUCAUCGGCAAGCGCUUUGGGUCAAAGAUUCUGUGCGGUGGGGGGAGAGGUUACGUGUAUGCCUUACAUCCUACUCCGGAACUGUGGACCCUGACUCUACCCCAUCGGACGCAGAUUGUCUACACCACUGACAUAAGUAUGCUGACGCUUCAACUUGAUCUAAAACCAGGAUCGGUCGUCGUGGAGUCAGGAACUGGAAGUGGGUCUGUGUCACAUGCGGUCAUUCGGACCAUCGCCCCCACGGGACACCUCUACACCUUUGAGUUUCACCAACAGCGUGCAGAGAAAGCCCGAGAAGAAUUCUCGGAUCACGGGCUCAGCAACCUUGUGACAGUGACACACAGAAAUGUGUGUACGGAUGGAUUUGGGCUAUCUGACGUGGCUGAUGCUGUGUUUCUGGACCUACCAUCUCCCUGGGAAGCAGUGGCCUCAGCAAAACUAGCUCUAAAGAAAGCAGGUGGACGCCUGUGUUCCUUCUCACCAUGUGUGGAGCAGAUACAGCGCACCUGUGACAAGCUGCGCAGCCAUGGGUUCUGUGACAUCACCACUAUAGAAUGCCUACUGCGGACAUUUGAUGUCCGGACCAUUGCCUUACCUGAGCCCGACCUGGGACAACCUGACAGUUGUGUACAGACACGUCAUGAAGGAAGUGAAACAGCACAGAGCUUUACAUUUAAGUCUGCUGUUCCACCCAAGGACAUGCCAGGACAUACAGGGUUCCUCACAUUUGCCACACUGUAUCCACAAGUGGAGACAUCAUAGCCCAGGUGGAGACACCAUAGCCACAUGGCUUGUUCCUGAUUCACUGAACCUAGGGACAACUGAGGACAGUAAUAAGAAUUCAGUUAAAAGGCUUUGGUUUUACCAAGAAGGGAUUUUUCUUUGGAAGGGAAAAGUAAAACUUAAAAAAAUGUUUUUUGGGUCCAAUUUCAGAGAUAAACCGUUAAGCACCAUGCAGCAUUCAUGUGGUAUAAAAGAGUGAAACAUGAUCUUUAGCAUUGACAAUAGGCACUUGCUAAGGAAUGGUUGCCCCCUACCAGAAGAUAUGAAAACUGCAGCUACAAGCUUUCAGUAGAAGGUGAGUUAUGUUGUAUAUGUACUUUGUUUGUAGCUCACUGUCCUAUUGUUGUGGAUGAGUGAUAUUUCUUUAAUUAUUCAGUGAUUUAAACUUACCGAUGUAUUAACAUUAGUGGAUGUCAUGGAAUGCUUGAUGAGGAACUGAUAUGAUGAUAUUGAACCAUAGCCCAUAUAUUAGCAUCAGUGCAUGAGUGAUACUAGUAUAUGCAAACAUAUUCAUGGCAGAUGGAAAUCUGGUCUUUGUAGCUUCAUAUGAUCCUAGGCCAGGAGUCUAUUUUCCCCAUAUUUAUUUUUUGUAUGUUACAGCUCACUAUAAAUGGCAGUGUAACAUAUUUAAUGGUGAUCUCUCUAUGUUUACCAGCUGACUGAGGAAAACCAACAUUUCCAUCAUUGAUAUAUUAAUCAGCUACUAGUACUAGAGUUCUUUCAAUCAGAGGAGAGACACAAGAUACUUAAGCAGGCAAGAUGGAGCCACCUGUACCAAGUUGACAAGUUUUAUUUCUUCCAUGUAGAGAUUGUACAGAAGUCUGGAAUGUAUGUUGUUAGCCUGUCAUGGUAGGAACCAGGCUUGCUGGUUUCUCAGUAAGUUGGAGACUCUACAGCCCUUACUGUAACACAGGGCAUACCAGCACGUUUAGCCUUACAAAUGUACAAAUGUCUUCAGUAUAACAAUAUUCACCACUA